AUGACUGUCACUCCUAUUGCCCUAACUGAGUCUCCUGCGGACCAGAAAGGGUUGAAAACCGAUUUGAGGGACUUCACCGCCAGGCGUGGCUUUGAUGGGCCUUACGCUGACAAUUUGGAUGUCGACGUCCUCAUUAUUGGAGGUGGUUUUGGUGGAACUUACAUGCUCUACCAGAUGCUAAAGGAAGGCUACAAUACUGUUUUGUAUGAUGCUGGAUCUGAGCUUGGUGGUGUCUGGCAUUUCAACGCAUACCCAGGAGCACGGACCGACACCGAAGUCCCAAUCUACGAGUUCUCUAUUCCAGAGGUCUACAACACCUGGAACUGGUCGACCAAUUAUCCUGAGUGGAGUGAAAUCCAGCGUUACUUCAGGCACGUGGAUCAGACCUUGAAUCUGUCCAAGCAUGCUGCCUUCCAGACAGUUGUGACCGGGUCGGUCUAUGACACCAAUGCCGCGAAAUGGAAUGUGACAACGGCCGACGGUCGUCGAGCCAAAGCAACCUUCCUCAUUGUCGCUGCGGGUUUUUCUUCCAAGCGCUACAUCCCGAACUUCAAGGGACUGGAUAAAUUCCAAGGAACUAUUCACCAUUCUUCCUUCUGGCCAGCCGAAGGUGUUGAAACUGCGGGAAAGCGAGUGGCAGUCAUUGGUUCAGGAGCAUCGGGUGUCCAAAUCGUGCAGGAACUAGGCCAAGAAGCCAAGAGCCUCUGUCUUUUCCACCGGACGCCCAACCUUGCGCUUCCCAUGCGUCGCAAGAUGCUCAGCCCCGAAAAGCAGAACCAAGCGAAAGACAAAUACGACCAUCUGUACGAUCUCCGAGAGCGUUGCUUUGGUGGCUUUGCCUAUGAGUGGGACGAGCGUAACACGCUCUCAAAUACCCCGGAAGAGCGCGAAAAAUUCUGGGAGUCGCUUUGGGAGCAAGGAGGCUUCCGAUUUUGGCUGGGAAAUUACAAAGAUUAUCUGUUUGAUAUCAAGGCCAACCGGGAGGUUUAUAACUUCUGGCGCAAGAAGCAGUCUUCGCGUGUGACCAACCCAAUCAAGAGAGCGGUUCUAUUCCCAGAGGAGCCACCGCACCCAUUUGGAGUCAAGCGUCCCUGUCUCGAACAGAACUUUUACGAGAUCAUUGACCUUGAUCACGUCGAGUUAGUCGAUGUUACCGAAGACGGCACGAUCGUUGAGUUUACAGAGAAGGGGCUUCGCACCAAAGAUCGUGAAUACGAAUUCGACGUCAUUGCCCUCGCGACAGGCUUUGACGCUAACACUGGAGGCUUAACAAAUAUGGGUCUUGAGAGUAUCCAUGGCACUAAGCUCAAGGAUGAGUGGAAAGAUGGAGUCCACACCUACUUAGGUACUACGAUCAGUGGUUAUCCUAAUAUGUUCCAAAUUUAUGGACCCCAAGGUCCCACUUUGCUUUGCAAUGGACCUACUGCUGUGGAAGUUCAGGUCCGAUGGGUACGGGAUGUCAUCAAGCAAAUUGGUCAGCAGGGAAUCAAAUACAUUGAUGCUCAAGUUGCAGCUCAAAAAUCCUGGAAAGCGCACAUCAAUGAGCUUAGCGAUCGGACGCUCUUCCCAACAGUCGCAAGUACAUACAUGGGAGGAAACAUCCCCGGGAAGGUGAAGGAACAAUUGAACUACACCGGUGGAAUUGCGGAUUACAAGCGUGAGAUUAGAAGCGCUCUGGAUUCGUGGGAGGGAUUCAACAUUGUCAAGCCAUGA